GCUCCCGAAGCCAGCCGACGCUCUCGCCGCGAGGGUUUUGCCGUCGACCUCGCCGCCCAAUCCUCCCCCCUUGGUCACCGUCGUUCCCGCCCAGCUUCCCCCCUUCCGGCUGGCGCCGCCCUUCCUGGUUCGUCGGCUCCUCCGAGCGCCUGCCGGGUCUUGAGACUGCCCAAGUUGUGCAGCUGAGAUAGUGAAUGGAGGAUCUCCCAGAGCCACUGCUUGCAGAGAUCGUCAAGAGGAUUACCAAGACAAGUGAUCUUAAUUCUCUUUCCCUCGUGUCGAAGCAGCUCUGCACCGUUGAGGCGGAGCACAGGGAUGCUAUCCGUGUUGGCUGUGGACUCAACCCUUCUACAGAAGCCUUGGUAUCGUUGUUCUCCCGGUUCCCCAAUUUGGCGAAAGUAGAGAUAAACUAUUCCGGAUGGUGGCCCAGUAACGGGAACCAGUUGAACAACCAAGGCCUCUGUGUUCUAUCAUCUCACUGCCCCUCACUGUCCGAUCUUUCUUUAAGCUUCUGCUCUUACAUUGGUGACUCUGGUCUUGGUUAUCUAGCUGAUUGCAAAAAAUUGAGUUCGCUCAGGCUGAACUGUGCACCAGCAGUAACUUCUACUGGGAUUUUUCGUGUGGCGGUUGGUUGCAGGCAUCUUUCGGUUCUUCACCUUGUUGACUGUAUGGCAGUAGACAGCAGGGAGUGGCUGGAGUACCUUGGGAGAUAUGGAUCAUUGGUAGAACUUGUUGUAAAGGAUUGCGAUGGAAUCAGCCAGUAUGACCUCUUAAAGUUUGGCCCAGGCUGGGAGAAUCUCCAAAAAUUUGUGUUUGAGAUUAAUGGAAACUACUGGAUGUCAGGGGCGUCUGACCCCUCCUACGUGUCUGGCUACCCAUAUAGGUAUGACAUCUGCUGUGAUAGCUUGAAGGAUCUUAGGUUAGCUCAUAUUAUAACCAAGCCAGAAACUGGACUUCGUUUUCUCCUGGGGAAGUGCAAAGCAUUGGAGACGCUUUACCUAGAGUAUGUGAUUGGUCUAAAAGAGAAUGAGAUGAUUGCGCUAUUCCAGAGGUGCAGCAACCUUAAAACCAUCUCACUUCGGUUCAUGCCUCUGCGGUGUGAAGAUUAUGAGUUUAGGACGCCAUUGACUGAUGUUAGCCUUAAGGCUCUAGCUCUCAGCUGCCCUAUGCUUCAGGUUGUAGAGCUCACAUUCACAUUUUGCGAACCCAUGUAUCCAACAGAAAUAGGUUUCACACAAGAGGGUAUUGUGUCGCUCGUCCAAUCUUGUCCAGUCCGCACUCUUUUGCUAAAUGGUGCCAGCAUUUUGUAUGACGAGGGGUUGAAGUGCCUCUCAUCCUCACAGUUCCUGGAGAAGCUUGAGCUCGUGGAUUGCAGGUCUAUAACCGAUGCUGGUAUGAGUUUCAUUAUACUGGCUCCUUGCUUCAGCAAUCUCACCCUCCGCAAAUGCAAGAAAGUGACAGACAAUGGGAUGGCUGAGCUGGCACGUUCACAGAAGUUGGAGUCACUGACCGUUAUAGGCUGCUGCCAGAUCUCUCAGGAGGGUGUGCAAGGGGCUGCCAAAUCAGUUCACUACUCUGCAGAGACUGAAAGCCACGGCAGUCUAAAAGGAAUGAACACGGACAGGGACAUGAACAGGAAAAGACGCCGGUCGCCCUGAAUCCAAUCUUUGGCUAUUAAUUUGUGUUUGCUAUAUAUCAGCAGAAGCUUGAAACCGCAAAACUAUGAAAGUAAAUUCGGAGGACAGGUCCACCUGCCAUUUCCAUGCAAUAAGUUUUAAUUGGCUUUGGAUGUUCUAGACUUGUUUUGGUAAUGCGAGCUCUGUUUUAGGAAUUUGCCAUAAUUCUUGCGUAUGUUAUGACAGUAGCUUCGAUUUGUAAUCUCUUUGCAGUCCUCAUAUCUGUAAAGUCUACUUCCUUUCACUGACUGCUCCAAACAUCAACCUAUUAUUCUUAUACCUUUUGCCUGCUUGUGCAACAUUUAAGUUUCAGGCGUCAUUGAGUGCAUUAAACCUGAAGAUUGCAUCUGCUAACCAUUUCUUUACAGUGGUUUCUGCAUUAGACAGGAAAUUUCAUUACUUAUCGACACAACACAUGUGCACGUAUGAAACAAAGCAAAGAGAUUACGAACAAGGAACACAUGCUUUUUUUCUUAGACUGAACAUACAUGGUAAUAGUUCUGCGCAAAAUGGCAGAGAAAACAGAUAUGGUAUUGCAUCUCAGCCUAUCACUUGAUGUAAUCUAGUUCUCUCGUUUAAGGUUGUAAGGGCAUCAUGUGAGCUGCUGGCUACAAUGGCGGCAGCGCCCCGCAUGAGAUUAAACUUGGUGCGUGGGGAUAAUUGCCCUUUGGGUUCUCAUCUGCAGGAUUUCAUUCACAGCAGAGAACCCUUUGGUAGAGAAGAUCUGCGAGACAUCAGACAGAUACAUGCUGAUGCAUGACAUUUGUAACACUGGAAUCGGAAAGAUGCUGAUGCUUAUAGCCUGCAAUCCGUACAAAAGGAAAGUUAGAUGAUGAUGUUUCAGAUCACGCACACCAAAUCGGUGUCGUGUUUUCUUCUUCUUCAUUUGUAUAAGAUCAACAGGUUACUGUGUUUACCUGAUGCAAUGAUAUCUUCACAGAUAGCCACCAUCAAGCAAACACAUUGGGAAUUACUCAAUAACAAGAGAAGCAAAUUCAAGCAGCUACAUCUCUACUCCUAUAAAAAGCUGAGUUGGUGAUGAUGGUGUGUCUGCCGUCUAUCAAUCUCGACCGUUCGAUCCGCAUCUAACGCAUCUGAUACGAGCUCUGGCACUUUUGCACAAAGACCCCCGCCACUCUCUUCAUAUUCUUUCCAGAAAACCCCUUCAUCUCUCUAUUCCAGACCAAUCCAGAUCCAUCCCGUGCGACUUUCCUCCAACCAGCAAUGGAGUUCCGAUCUCAUGCGCUGGCCGCUGCCGGCGCCGUCCGCCCCCAAUGCUUCGGGUGCCUUCUGCCGCCGCAGCCACCACCACCACGACCUCGUCUCCUCUGCCCCCUUUCCCGUCUCUCCCCGCCGUCUUCUCCGGCCACCUCCCGCAUCUCCUUGGAUGCCGUCCGCUGCAAGUACGCCGCAGGGUACGCGCUGCACAUCCUCGCCGGCGGCGGCGCCACAUGCUACUCACUCUUCUCCAUCGACACGCUCCACGACCACCCCCUUCAGGUACGCGCUGCUCCCUGAGGACAUCCACACCGUCUGCACGAAGCUGGGGUUCAGAUCGCCGUCAUCGUCGCCGCCGGCCAUUAAUCAGUUCGCUAGGAUGUAUUUCACGCCCGUCGUUCCUCGCACUUACUUAGCCUGAUCUAUCAAAUCGCAGUAUUAGCGCUUUCUGUGGUCUCACAUCGCAGUUUUCUCUGCCCAAACUGCAGGAGGCAUGAAGAGAUUGGCUAUAGACCAGGCAGGAGAAUAGGGGAUAGGAAAAUGCAGAAAAUUGCCAGGCAAUAUAUGUUCUCUUGCACGUUUGAAUCCUGAUUUGGAUUAUCCUACAGAUUUGAAUAUUUUUAUCAUACCAAUUAGCUUUUUAUUUUUCGUGAGUAUAAUGAUAUGCCUGAUGCCCAAGGCUGUGCUUUUCCUCCUAAUAGUCCAAGUUACUCGAAAAUAGAUAUCAUAGCCCUGGAUUUAAUUGCACUAGAAGUAUCAUAGAUUCAUCUCCACAUAUACCCCAUCUGUGGGUGUCAAGCCAAUCACCCUCAUUCCUAUAUGCUAGCCUGAGUUGUGAAUCGUUGUCUCCUUAGGACUGUUAACCUAGAAAUUCUCAAAAUAAAGCAAAACAUCAAGCCCUUGAUCAUGUGGACCCUUACUUCAAAAAGCAUGGAUGUGAUCUAAUAUAAGCUUAUUCUUUGAUUUUCCACCGAGAUUCCUCACGCUGUGCACAGAUGAAGGAUGUUGGGCCAUUUAGAUGCCUUCUUCAGCGCGCCGUCAUCCUCUCCUCCUCUAGCCAACAUCGAUGGCAUUUCGGUGUUGAGGAGAAAGUAUCGUGUCACAUAUAUGCUGCUUGAUUCCCUGGAUUCUGGAUCUCCUUGGGAAAAAGUAGGUGAAUGAUUUUCAAAGGUGCAGAUUAAUAGGGCAUGAUAACCCUGUUCUUAUUCUUUGGUUUAUUUUGAUCCCAGGCAUUAGAAGGAUUUUCUUUUUGACUGUUACGCUGCUCUGCUAGGCAUUAGAAGAAUUUCAUUUUUUACUGGUACGCCUGCUCUGCACCAUUAAGAGUAUGUCUGUAGCUAGCUUUCACUUGCUUCUGUUUUGGGAAAUGUAGCAACAAUACAGCAUGUACUCCUAUGUCCUGCAUAUGAACGUGUGAAGAAACUGAGGCACGCCCUACUGUAUUAAUACCGGUGACCCAUGUUCAGCUAAUUGUUUUACACACUUUUGUAUGGGCACUGUUUAAUAUCGUACUAGAUUUAUCAUUCCCCGCAAAAAUAAUAAUAUAGGGUAUAUGAUUGUCCAGUAAAAUAGAGUAGGCCAAUCUAUAGGCUGAAGUAAGUUAGUUUUGUUUUAUUCACAGGAGUGCAUGUGUUUUAUCACUCACUAAUUAUAUGGGGUUUUCACACAUACAAGUGAUGCAUUUAACAGAUUUUGAGAGGAAAUAGGUUGUUUUUUUAUUGUGUUUCUUUUCAUAGAAAUAAAAGUCGGUUUUCAGAGGGACGUUGGUUUCAGCCUUGGCCUUCUAAAGUUGAAAGAUCACGCUGUUUUAAUUACUUCUGGAGGAUUCCUUCAUUUUGAGAAAGUCAAUAUCUCAGCAGCAAGCUGGCAACUUGGCCAAUGAUGUUGGACGAACCAAUUCUUUUAGACUCAAAUUCUUGGAUUGGUGCUGUAUAUUCUGAAUUUCUUUUGUGAACAAAAGUGAGGAGUGGGAGAGGAUCUGCAAUUGUGAAAUUUACUUGUUUUCAUUGGAAUUGUCUACUAAUUAUGAAAUGAUUUUUAUUUCUUCUGGAUUCGGUAUACUAUUCUUGGACUCAUGAGAUUGUUGUUUUAUUUCAAUGUUGGACGUGGUUCUGACAAAAAAUGCAGGCUGUAGCUAAUGGAGACUGUAGCACGCUGGUAUAGUGUCAGGUCCUGACGAUCAUGAGUGUGUUGCAUGCCUGGGGCCUGGCUCGUUGCGUGCAGUGACCCAGUGGCCGACGUGGGUGAGGACCUGUAGACCGGGCACAACGGUGAGGAUGAACGAGAACGUGCUGACGCCUGUGCGCGCCACCACGCCCACCGCCAGCUCCAGCUGCGGGCUUCAGCAGCACAUCAUCCCGCUGCUUGAGGUCAGAAUUCUCGUCUGCGGUGGCGAGGCAGAGACGGCGCUCGAGGGUAGGGGCUUGGACGCCGAGGCCGAGCGAGGGGAUGGCGAGGAGCUUGGAGACGAGUUGGUUGACGUGCUGGCCUGGGAGCUCUGGUCGGCGGCGUCAAAGGCGCUGAUGUCGCCGAUGGGGAUGGACGGUGGGCCUGGUCAUACGGCCGAUUACGUUAUUACAGUUCAUUAGAGUAACCAAACAAAUUCUGUUUUUUCUCCAUUCCCUUUACAGUAACUGUAUAACUCGAUUGUGUUUGCGUUUGCGUUAAGUUCCUUGCACCGAACACCUCCUAGGUGUAUACGCGAGCAGCAAUUACGAAAACAGUAGAUGAUGUGCAAUUAGCAGUUUAUUAUGCCUUAAAAGACAACAUAUUUGUGUUCCAUGAUACAAGUAUUUGUUUGUGCUUCUUC